AUGACAAUGCACAGCACCAUGGGGGUGCUCUACACCAUCUCUGAGGGGCUACAAGGAGAGAGUCCCUCCAUAUCCCCCCAGAGUGAAGAGAGUGCCACAUCUGUGGUGGAGCAGGAUUCCAUAAACAAACAGGAUGGAAGUCUAGCCUUAAAAAAUGGUACUCUCAACAAAGGAAAGACACAUCCACGACUGGCACAAUUGCGAGGACAGAUUCAGGCACAGGUCAGAGAGCUCAGUCCCAGGAACCAAAUGAUUCAGCUGGUGGAUAAGGUGACUCAUGUAAAAUCAGGUACCAAGGUACUCACAGAGGGAAACAAGACAUCAGGAGCAAAAGACAGCACAAAACUCUGCCAUUGUUCUAGCCCAACAUGUUUUGCCUCUGAACUGGAGGGGAGACUUCAUGUAGAGUUGACUGCACUUCGGCUGGAGGUAAAGUCUAGUUUGGAAUCGUUGAGAACAGAACUAGGGGACGAACUGCGGGCGCUACAUAGAGAUGUUAAAGUGUGCUGUCAUCACUGUCCAGCCAAUAAUGCUGAUCAUUCAAAAGCAAUUGAGAAACGACCUGAGUGGAAAAGUGUCUUCAAGAAGGUUAGCCGUAAAGAAGGACAAGAGCCCUACUCACCAGUCAGAUUGGACGGGCAGAUUAAAGCAAGAUCUGUGCCUUCACUGGCCCCCCAAUCAGGCCCUAGCAGGAACCAUGUGCUACUAAAGGCCAUGACCACGAUUGCUGCAAAAAAUGCUCUUAUGUCCAGCAUAGGGCAAAGAUCAGACUCUGAUCCUGUGCUACCCUCAACUGGGAAGCAACAGCAAAAGCAUAAGACUGCAGUAAAAGCAAAAGAUGCAACUGCACAGGGACAAUGCAAUGGGAACUGGGGCAGAAAACUAAUUAAUGGAACUGUUGUCCCUCUCCCACAAAAUGGGAUUCAUGCUGAUAAAGCUCAUUGAAGGUCCACAGAGGAUAGGAUGGUUGGUCACACACUUUUAUGGAGCCCAGACAGUAGUUGCCAGGGACCACUGUAAUGGAGAUUGGAAAUGAAGAGAAUUAAGAGGAUGGAAAGAGCCAGUGCAUGAAAACGCUAAAGCUUAUUUUACACCUUUCUGCAUUGUAUUCAUCGGGCCUUAUUCAUGAGAGGGUUCAUGGGUUAAAAAGAUACAUCAUAUACUCUAAACAAACUGUUUAGUUUACCCAGUAAAAGAUAUUUGGAUAAUUUCUCCAGUAGAAUCAUAUAGGCUUAGAUAUCAUUUUACUCAUUAAGGAAAAACAUGUAAACAAAUAACUGCCAGAAUGCAGAAAUAUUGUUACUUUAGGCACAUCCUAAUUUAAUCCAGAAUUACUUUAUUAUUGUCAUCUUGUCAAUAUUAUUUUUUUUUAACAAAUUCUAGCCAUUGUAUUUUUCUGUAUAUGAAAUGACUAAACAGAUGCAAUGUUUAUUUUAUGAGCUAGUAUGAGGCCAGAUUAUUAAAGUUAUUUUUUUUUAACCCUAAACUAUAUCAUAAAGACAGAUUGGCAUGUAUCAGGAUAAUAACACAGUUUUAAAAUAUUUGUGAUGGUUAAUGGAACAUACCUAAGAAGAGAAUACAUACCAAUAUACAAUUCAGGAAAGAAGACUCUGUUGAGAGAGGAAGGUUUCCCAACAGUGUUCUCAAGAGCCUCAGAGAAUUGUUAUUUAAGACUGUGCCUACACUAGCACAGAUUAGCUACAUAGUGAUUAUUUGAUUUGUGGUCAGUUAUGUAUAUCUGGAAAUUAUGCAUUACUUGGGGUAUAUGUUAUGUGAACAGGGCACAAAAAUUAAAGUAGAGUAAAUAGAUGAGCUUCAUUAGCGAGUGCAAACCAAGCAUUGCAAUGUUGUUAAAGAAAAG